CAACUUCUCAACCUACAAACAGCAAUCUCCCAAGACAUGUCGUCCAGCACUAGCACCAAGGCCAGCAUCGCUGUUCUCGGCGGCACCGGCACACUCGGCGAGGACAUCUCCACCGUCCUCCUCACGGAGUUCAGGGAGACCUUCCCUACUGUCCGAGUCUUCACUCGUGACCCGUCGUCCUCGAAGGCGCAGGCUUUCGCGCAGAAGGGCGCCGAUGUCGUAGCACUCGACAUCGACACUCUGGACAAGGCGCUCACCGGCAUCGACGUUGUCGUCAACGUCCUCCCAACCUCGCUGUCCGAAGAGGUGAGGAGCAAGGUCAAUGAGGCCGUGAUCAAGAGCGGCCCGAAGGUGUAUUUCCUGAGCGAGUUCGGGCUUGACCACAGGGUAGCAGACUUCUCCGGUUAUGAGCACCCAGAGUGGGCGGGCAAGAAGCGGCUCGCAGCGGAAACGCGCAAGUUGGCUCAGGGCAAGACGAAGGUCAUCGCUGUCUACAGCGGUGUCUUCGUCGAGUUCCUUGUCAGCUCGUUCCUAGGACCAAUCCUGGGCUUCGACCUGGCCAACAAUGUCUUCACCUCGUAUGGACCUGCGACGUCGAAAUUCGGCUCCACUGGGAAGAGCGACAUCGGACGCACCGUAGGGAGGCUCGCUGUGCUGGCGCUCGACCCUUCCACCUCUGCUAGCGUCCCGGACGAGGUUCGCAUCGCUGGGUCGACCACGAGCUACGAGAAUGUGCGCGACAUCACCGCGCGCGUCAAGGGCGUGCCGAAAGGCGAGAUCAAGAUCGAAGACCUUGACAAGCUCGAGCAAGACUUGCGCGCACAGAAGGGCAAGGGCGACUUUCUGUUGUACAUUCGGCUGGCCACUGGAAAGGGCUGGGGAGACCUGAGUGAGAACGCGAACGAGCUCGUUAACCCCGGGCAGAAGUUCUGGAAGUGGAAGACUGUGGAGGACGAGGUCCGCACAGUCACUGGCGCGUGAGAUUGACAUGCCAUACACUUGAGGACAUCCUGUACAGUAGCCAACGUAUUCAUGAUGCAGUACGCUUUCUUACCUG